CUGAUAUCGCAGGAACCGGAUACAGUUGAGUUGACUGUUCCUUGUGUUGUGUUGAUUUCUAGAGCGAGAGAAGGAAAAGAAGAUUUGACGUUUGGAUUAACUUAACUGCCUUCCCAGUGUUGUUGUGUCACUUUCACUCCUUAAUUCAAAAGUCAAAGAAAUUAGUGGCAAUCUCUGUCAAUCAGUCAAUGGGAAAAAUCUGACAAUGUUUAGCUUUGAGGGAGAUUUCAAGACAAGACCCAGGGUAUCACUUGGAGGAGCGAGUAAAAAGGAGGAGAAAGCAUCUCUGCUGCACCGCACUCAAGAAGAAAGAAGAAAAAGAGAGGAUGAAAGAAAACGACUGAAAAACGCUAUUAUCAUUCAGUCCUACAUACGUGGCUACCAGGACUUGCAACGACAGUAUGCCAUCCAGAGGGCCAGUUUUGACGAGUGUGUCAGCCGGAUGCUAGCAGGGGGAGCUCAGCAUGUCUUGGAUGGUCCUGGUCUCUGUCUCUUAUCAAGACAACUCAUAUUCUUCUACAGACAGAGUGUGGAUGAACAUAGAUUGAUUUGGUUGUGCCAGAACCUGGUGAAACUCAACAGUCAAUUUGUGAAGCUGUUGGUGGGCCCACAGAAACAGACAUGUAUGUUUCAGAUUAAGAGGAUCUUGGGCUUCUGUUGCAGACUCCUACAGAACUGCAAGGAUGACAGUUUAAAUGUGGCAGUUCCCAUGCGGAUGCUAGAAAUCUUUUCCUCAGAGAAAACCUAUCUUCCCGUAAUUCCAGAUGCUAAUUAUGUAGCUUCUUUACUCGAGCAGAUUUUGCACUAUAUGGUACAAAAAGGAUACUACAGGUCGCUGUACAUUCUUGUGAAUCACAGACUCCCUUCCAGUCUGGAGUACAGUGAUGCUCCUUGUGUCCCCUUAGCAAGCACACUGUUGGAGCACAUCCUCAAACCUCUGCACUUUACCUACUCCUCCUGCACAACAGGCGCAAGGCAGUUUGUAUUUGCAGCCUUUACUGAGGAGUUUAUCUCUGCACCGUUCACUGAGCAGAUCUUUCACUUCUUUAUCCCGGCACUGUCCGAUAUUCGUCUUUCAUUUCCAUUUGAGGCCUUCCUGAGCUCCCUGCAGGCCACCAUCGACUCCUCCUCGGCACCGCAGAGUCAGGCACCGUGGGUGUUAUACUUUGUUCUCUCUGCAGGGGAGAACAGCUUAGGCUCAUUGUCAGAGGAGGGUCUUCUGUUGUACCUUCGGGCUCUGCAGACUCUGCUGCCCCUGCUGCCAGUUUCGGAGAGCAGCAGCAGGCCUGAAGUUAGCAGCGACUCCGAGGAUGAUGAUGAUGACACUGGGAUCCAUCAACCUCCCAUGCAGGAUGACAGCAGAAUCUCCGUGCAGCUGAUCACAGAGGAGUGUGUCCGCAAGCUGGACACUAAGCAGCAGACUAAUACACUGCUGAACCUGGUGUGGAGGGAUUCAGCCAGCGAGGAGGUUUUCACCAUGAUGGCAUCCAUCUGUCACACGCUCAUGGUCCAGCAUCGCCUCAUGGUGCCGAAAGUCAGACUCCUGUACAGUUUAGCUUUCAAUGCACGUUUCCUGAGGCAUCUCUGGUACCUGAUAACUUCCAUGACUACAAAAAUGAUCACUGGCUCCAUGGUGCCGCUGCUACAGCUGAUCUCACGAGGGUGUCCCAUGUCGUUGGAGGACUCCAACCGCAUUAUUCCCCUCUUCUAUCUCUUCAGCUCUCUCUUUAGCCACUCGCUUAUCUCUGUGCAUGACAGCGAGUUUUUUGGUCAUGAAAUGGAAGGUCAAACACAGUCCUCCAUGAUGCCCUUCACGCUGUCUGAGCUGGUGACUCUGUCACGCUGUCUGAGGGACGCAUGCCUGGGAAUCAUCAAGCUGGCCUACCCCGAAACCAAAACGGAGCACCGCGAGGAGUACAUGGCUGCCUUCCGCAGUGUGGGUGUCAAGACGAACGCUGAGGUCCAGCAGCGCAUCCAGGCUGAGCAGAAGCGCUGGGUGCAGCUCUUCAAGGUCAUCACUAACCUGGUGAAGAUGGUGAAAGCUCGCGACAUUAGACGACCCUUCUGUCCAGCAGGUCACUGGCUCUCUGUGGAGGUCAACAUCCGAGCAGAUAAGGUCACCCAGUUGUAUGUCCCAUCAGCAAGACAUGUGUGGCGAACACGAAGGAUGGGCCGCAUUGGGCCACUCCAGUCCACGCUUGAUGUUGGUUUGGAGCCUCCACAGCUGUCUGUGUCUGAGGAGAGACAUCUGGCCAUCCUCACAGAGCUCCCUUUUGUGGUUCCCUUCGAGGAGCGAGUGAAGAUCUUCCAGAGGUUAAUCUAUGCUGACAAACGGGACGUGCAGGGGGACGGGCCAUUCCCUGAUGGCAUCAAUGUCACCAUCAGACGCAACUACAUCUAUGAAGAUGCCUAUGAUAAACUCUCUCCAGAAAACGAACCGGACCUGAAGAAGCGGAUUCGAGUCCAUCUGCUGAAUGCUCAUGGUCUGGAUGAGGCGGGAAUUGACGGCGGCGGCAUCUUUCGUGAGUUCCUCAAUGAGCUCCUCAAGUCGGGCUUCAACCCCAACCAGGGCUUCUUCAAGACGACCAACGAGGGCCUGCUGUAUCCCAGCCCCGCUGCGGAGAUGCUGGUCGGAGACUCCUUCACGAGGCAUUACUACUUUCUAGGCAGGAUCCUCGGAAAGGCGCUGUAUGAGAACAUGCUGGUGGAGUUGCCUUUUGCCAGCUUCUUCCUGUCCAAACUUUUGGGAACCAGUGCAGACGUGGACAUCCACCACCUGGCAUCGCUGGACCCAGAGAUGUACCGCAACCUUCUCUUCCUCAAGAGCUAUGAGGGUGACGUGGAGGAGCUGGGCCUCAACUUCACAGUGGUCAACAAUGAUCUGGGAGAGGCUCAGGUGGUUGAGCUGAAGCCUGGAGGCAAAGACAUUCCUGUGACUACGGCAAACCGGAUAGCCUACAUCCAUUUGGUGGCUGACUACAGACUGAACAAGCAGAUCAGGCCUCACUGCCUGGCCUUCAGACAGGGCCUGGCCAAUGUGGUCAACCUGGAGUGGCUGCGCAUGUUUGACCAGCAGGAGAUCCAGGUGCUGAUAUCGGGGGCUCAUGUGCCAAUUUGUCUUGAGGACUUGAAAAAGUUCACAAACUACUCAGGCGGGUACUCGGCCACUCACCCAGUCAUUCAGAUCUUCUGGGAGGUGGUGGAAGGCUUCACAGACGAGGAGAAGCGCAAGCUGCUGAAGUUCGUCACCAGCUGUUCCAGACCUCCACUGCUGGGCUUCAAGGAGCUUUACCCCGUCUUCUGCAUCCACAACGGCGGCACCGAUCUGGAGCGCCUGCCCACCGCCAGCACCUGUAUGAACCUCCUCAAGCUGCCGGAGUUCUGCGACCAGCACCUGAUGAGGAACAAGCUGUUGUACGCCAUUGAGUCCUCUGCCGGGUUCGAGCUGAGCUGAGGAGGGCGAAGGCUUCUCUAGCCCUGCAUCUGUGGACUCGGAUUGCUUGUGUGAAAAAGAUUUGAGAAUAAGAGAGGAGGGAAAGCCAACGAUGCACUGACCUGUCUGAUUUACUCUGUGUGUGUGUGUGUGUGUGUGUCCGCGUGCGUAUGUGUGUGUCAAGUCGACGGUUAAGAAACGAUCGCCUGGACAAAGGGGUGGAAAAUAAAACUGGGUAGAUUUUUGUUGUUGUUUUUUUUUAAAUCCCUGUUGCUUUUAAGUAAUUUAAUUGCUGCAUCAUUUAUCAGAACACUUCAGAAGAGAAAAGAGAUGUGUUCAAUUUUGCAGGAAAUAUCAUGCAAGAAUAAAAAGAACAAGAGUUGCAGCUGCCCUCUUGUGUAAUCCAACAUCAACAAACAGUUGUUUUUCACCAAAGAUUAUGUGGCAUCAUAUUAAAAGAAAACAAAGGCAAUAUAACAGACAGACAGGGACAGGCCGUAGGACUCAGAAGCCGCCUUGUGGUGUGCCAAGGGCUGCAGGGGGGGGGAGCUUUUCUGUAUAGCCAUUAGAAUUCUCUAUAGCCAGUAUUUUCAUGUGAAGGUCAUCGAAACUUUUGUGAUUUCACCAACGAUCAUUAUUGCUAGUUUUAACACGUCAUGUUUGAUAACCAUACCGCAAACGUGCUCACGCAGACUGGAGUGCGUUAAAGGCUCACAUUGCUGGACUAGAUCUGAGGCAGAAGUGUUGUAUGAUUAUGGAUUUGUGAAUAUGUACAUGUUUACAUCUUCUCUUGUAUUAUUAUUGUUAUUAUUCAUUUAUUCAGUAUUUGUACAGGUUUGUUUUUCCUCUCCUUUGAGUGACAAACGGAGGCCUCACAUAUUCACACGUGCUCGCCAAGGUGAACAAGCUCUUCCCUGGUCAGCGCCCCGGAGUUUGCUCUCUGGGAGCAACAAUCGUGUCACAUUGAUAAAGCUUCAAAGCGUCAGUGUACCGGAAGGCAGUAUGGAAAUGAAUAAACCCACCGUUUUGCAUUUUCCUUC